UUUUAAAAUUUUGCCGCGUUGCGUUCUAAGCGCUCGAAUUCUCGAUAAGCGAAGAGUAAAACUCAUUAUUCAUAAUAUUUGCGCGGGAAAUUUGAAAUUUGCUUUGUAAAAUAUUUAAGUGUCAUUUGUAACAAAAACGAAAAUUAAAAAAAACAAGUUUUAAAUUUUGCCAUAAGAUAACCCAAAAGUUUUUCAACACCUGCACAUGCUACAAAUAAUAUUGACGCCCCCUUAAUAUACAAACACUUGCUGCUGAAUAAUUUAGUCAAUUUUUAACGCCUCGCUUUGAAAAAAAAUUAUAAAACAAAAAAAAAAGUUAAGUGUCAUAAUAGAAACUCGUGCGCGUUGUUAACAAAAGCCUCAGUCGCUGUUUAAAGUGAAAAAUACAAAUUAUUAAAGAAAAACAAAUGGAGACGAUGAUGAAAAAGAGUAGCGAAAACAAAUAAUGACCGGCAGUGUUUAAGCCAGUUGAGUCAUACCGACAUUAAAAUAUAUGAGUGCAAAUAUACAUAAAUAUCAGUGCAAUUUCUGUAUGUAUUUGUUUGCAUCAGUAAACGUAUGUAUUCGUAGUCAAAAUGACAGGCUGGGCCGAUAUUCGAAAUUAGGUUCUCAUGCACAAUAGCCCUAAGGUCUUCAGAGGCUUAUAUGAUGUUUCCUUUGAAUUCGAUUUCAUAAUAUUCAACUGCAAUAGAAACAAACGAGCGAAUAUCAAGCUGAUAAAUUAAUAUCUGAAACUGAGAAUGAUAUGCAGAUUGCAUUUUUCAACUUGCCACUUCAAGAGCUUCUCGGUACACUGGGUUCAGUUCAUAAAAAUAUGAGGCCCGCUUGGCACCAAAUAAUUAACAAGCGGAGUGUGCUUAGCUUAACUUCAGUGAACAACACAUGCUCAGGUUUUUAAUCAAGCCAAAACUACACAAUAGCUAAAUAAAAACAACAUGAGUGCUCUAGUUGGGAGUAUUACACGAGAGAUACCCUAAACAUAGCGUCGUGCUGCUAUUCCACCCUAUGGAACACCCUUUCCUGAACAAAUUCAGUGUCGGAUCCUCAUGAAAUAUUUAAGAGCUGAAAUAAGACAGACAAAAUGUUCACACGGACGGACAGAUAGACAUUCGGACAUAGCUAGAUUGACUCAGCGCACUAGAUCAAGAAUAUAUACUUCUUGCUGUGGCUAUUAAAUAUACUUUCACAUACCUAUAAUACACUUUUUUAGCCAUUUGCAAAGAAUACAGGGUAUUAAAAUACAAAAACUGGCAACACUUGCCAAUGGAUAUUAAUUAAAAACUAACUGUGCGUGUGUGUUCACAUGUGUGUACGCGAGUAUGUUUACAUAAAUAAAAAGCAAAUGGUGAAUAAAAAAAACGAGUCAUGGCGAUGUAAAUAAGGUGUUCCGGAAGGAAGCCGGCGGAAAUCAAAGCAACGCCUGCCUAAAGUAAACUUCUUGGUGUCCUUCACGCAGCUGGCACCGCAUCGCUCCGCUCACUCCGCUUCCGCUGCUCACCCCGACCGCUGCUGAUUACGUAAUUACAUGAAUGUUAAUUCUUUGUGCUGGCUUUGUUUUGGUAGUGGCAGCGGCAAGGGAGCAAUGCAUGCAUAUAUCAGCAGAGUCACGAGCAAUUAAGGAAAGGCAAACAGAGCUAGCACAAAAUGAUGAAAGAAGUUCCGUCUUAAAUGCGGCAGGAAAUGACACGAAAGCCUGCCAGACAACGCAGUAAAUAUUUGUGAAGCAGCACUUUGAACAAUCAGCCAGAACAACUUGACAAUAAGAACAUAUGCAGCAAUAGACAAAAAAUCAACAUCAACAACAACGGCCUACACUUAACAAGUUGUUGUUAUUAAGCACGCAAGACAGCUUUAGAAUGAAAUGGAGAUGCAAAGUGAGGCUGGUCAUGGACCAACAACAGCAACGACACCUGAAGAAUCAACAAACGGAACAUCUACGUUCACAUACAAGCCACGCGAUUUCAAUUGUCGAGUGGUACAGACGGCAGAGCAUGAGCUCUGGCAGCCAUUCAUUAACUGCGAGGCGGUACAAGGCCACAACAUCAGCAACACUUACAAAAACAGCAGCAAAACAUUCCAAUGCACACUGCAAGGAUUCAAUAGACACGAGGAUAGAGCAAUUUAUGCGUGCAAUGCAACAGUCGAAGAGGCGGAGGCAUCCACAGUUAAGUCCUGUUUACUAGAGACGCAACUGUUGCAGCCGCCCCACGAGGCGUAUGCGCAAUUUCAGCUGGCAAUGAAUGAGACCGUUAGUGAUAAUGUGAGUGAUACGCUUAGUUUUAGUGCCGACUGCAAUCGACAAGUGCUUCUCUGUGAGCCCAAGGACGAGGAAGUGCAUCAGCAAAAGCUGUUAUGUCAGCUGCAGCUGGAGCAGGAAACUGCAGGCCCCACCGCCCCCCAGACAGCGACAACAUGGCUCGACUAUCAUAUCGAACUGGGCGAUGGCCUGUGGUCGUGGUUGAACUUUAGCGAACUGGUGGACAGUGUCGGGACCAGUGGCAUUGGAAGUGUCAGCAAUGCAACCACCAGCAUGGACAUGAUACUGUCCAACUACACGCUGUCCGACACAGCGCUGACCCCGACGACAACAACAGCAGCAACAGACAUUGUCAUAUCGAGAAGCCCUCUUGACUACUCGCCUCACGGCUACGACUGGCUGUUCCUAUUCGUGGUGUUUUUCAUAUUUGCCGGCGGCCUGGGCAACAUACUCGUCUGCCUGGCCGUUGCACUGGAUCGCAAGCUGCAGAAUGUCACCAACUAUUUUCUAUUCUCACUGGCCAUAGCCGAUCUGCUUGUGACCUUGUUUGUGAUGCCCAUGGGCGCCAUUCCAGCAUUUUUGGGCUAUUGGCCACUUGGCUUCACUUGGUGCAACGUCUAUGUGACCUGCGAUGUGCUCGCCUGCUCGUCGAGCAUAUUGCACAUGUGCUUCAUCAGUCUUGGCCGUUAUCUAGGCAUACGCAAUCCGCUGGGCUCACGACAUCGUUCCACGAAACGUCUAGCUGGCAUUAAAAUAGCCAUUGUCUGGGCCAUGGCCAUGCUGGUGUCCAGCUCAAUAACAGUGCUGGGUUUGGUCAAUGAGAAGAACAUAAUGCCGCAGCCGAAUGUGUGUGUGAUUAACAAUCGCGCCUUCUUUGUAUUCGGCUCGCUGGUGGCCUUCUACAUCCCAAUGCUGAUGAUGGUUUCCACAUAUGCACUCACCAUUCCGCUGCUGCGCAAGAAGGCGCGCUUUGCAGCCGAGCAUCCGGAGAGCGAGCUCUUCCGUCGGCUGGGCGGCCGCUUCACAAUACGCCCGCAGCACAGACAGCAACAGUUGCAGAUGCACAGCAGUUUAACUAGCGAUAAUUACAGCAACAACAAGUGUCUGGCCAUGGGUGACAGCAAUCGUAACUUUAACAAUGCAGCCACCGGAGUAGGUGCCAGAACAAGAUGUACCAGCACGGGCGGGGGUGGCAACUACAAUGAGCCCUCCGAGCGACCAUUGAUGCAGCAGCGAGCAACCAGCAAUCGAGUCAUCGGCAGCGUCAGUUUUCGCAAUGGGACCAGUGGAGGUGGCUCUGAUGGCGGCAGCGGAAAUAUGUCCAAUAUUGGACGCAAUAGCUUUCGAUUUGCUGGCGGCGGCAUCUUGCGACAAUCUUCUCCGUCACCGAGCACCUCAUCUACAUCGUUUUCGGUGCGUGGCAAUUCCCAGACGAGCAGCUUCUGGCGCAAACACGGUGGCAAUCCCAACUUCAUGGACAGCCAUCCAAAUCGACGCGCCACGGUGCGUGGCAGCGUCUCUCAGCCACAAUUGGGUUAUGCGACAAAUGGAAACGGGGGAGCCGGAGCCGGAGGCGCAGGCAAUGUAACUGGCGGAGCAACAGGUGCGACAACGAGCUGCAUAACUGCUGAAGGCGGCGGCAACGGUGGCGCAAACAGAAUGAGCAUUGCCACCAUACAGGCACAAGACGGUGGCAGUGGCAAUGUCAAUGGCAAUGGCAAUCAUCCACUGGAGCAAGUAACGACAAUGACGACGACGACGGCGACGACAACGGCAACGAGGACGGGCCAAAGGGUGUCAGAGGGGCGACGCUACAAGCUGCGUCCCUUUAAGUUUGCCCUAAAUCGUGUCGCCGCACCCACGCUCAACUUGAGAUUUCUCAAUAGUCGCGCCAAGCGCAACAGUCUCUCGGCGAAUGCGGUCGCCACGGAGCAAAAGGCAACCAAGGUCCUGGGCCUGGUCUUCUUCACCUUCGUACUGUGCUGGUCUCCGUUCUUCAUACUGAAUAUUAUAUUUGCCGCCUGUCCCGAGUGCCAGGUGUCCGAACAUGUAGUCAACACAUGCCUCUGGCUUGGCUACGUCUCAUCGACGAUCAAUCCGAUCAUUUACACGAUCUUCAAUCGAACAUUUCGAGCGGCCUUCAUACGUCUCCUGAAGUGCAACUGCAAGCGUGCACUUGAGAACUGCACUUAAAGCAAAGCCAUUGCCCAUUGUUCAGGCUAUUGAUGUGCAACGUGACGUAUGAUUGAUUCUUUUCGAUUUGUGUUUGCCAAUGAAAUCAAGGCGAUUUAUUACAGAAAGUCCGAAUGUGUGAAAAAUGCGCAAAUUGAUGCAUGAACAGAGAUUAGUAAAGUGCAAUACGAUAAGGCAACAAAAAUGGGAAAAGUACACAGAAGCUCAAAAGCGAAGCCUUUGAAGUGUGAUGCGACUUACGUAAAGAGUGAAAAAUAUUUAUAUAAUAUAAAUACUAGCUGUUAUUUGCCUGCUUUUCCCGAUUCGAGUUUUAUGCUUAAAUUUUUCGACAUCAAUUUACCGCCGGUAUAAAAUUUAAAUCUAACCGUGCUAGCAUGGUCUUCGCUUAAUUUAUGCUUACAUCAAACAAAGCUCCAGAAGUAUCUAAGAAAUUUGAGGCCAAAAAUAAGAUUUCACAAGAUGCAACAUUUAGCAAGUUAUCAUCACAGGAAGAAAUGUCACGCUCAGGACACUUAAUUUAAUAUAAUUUGUUCAUACGGUAGGUUAAGGGAUGGAAGCCUUAUAAAUCUGUGAAUUUCCUGGUUUAUUGCCAGGUGAGUUUCGUGUUGCCCCAGACACUUGACAUGCUUUGUGCCAAGUCUAGCAAACUCCUUAUUAAAUAUAAUAUUUCCGAGUGUAGCGAAUAGCCUUGCCAGAAAAUGUUAGGUCGAAUGUGAAUUCUGCUUUUAUGUCUCUGGCUAUUAAUACAAAAGUUUGUAAAAAGAGAUUUUUAUUGCACAGUUCUUGGUAGCAUAGAAAAUGUUUUUCUUGGAAAAUGCUCUGCAAAUAUGAUAACGCUAUAUAAAAUAGAAGCAGCAUAAAUGCAAUUGAUUUCACUAUAAAAAACAUUCAACGAUUUGGCCAACGCGCUUUUUAUGUUCCAUUUCGCAGAAAGAUAUUUCGUAAUCCAUAUACAUAUAUUAAGCUGCCUUGUUCCUGACUGACUGACUGAAAACGCUCGGACGAAAAUUGUAUUCCACGAAGGAACUUUAAUUUUUUGGCUUUAAGCGUUGAACAUGGGACGUGCGUUCGACAUUGAUGUAUUAAAUUUAAAGCAAAAAACUUGAACCAAAAAAGGCGGAGAAAUAUCAAUAAAAUAAAGGAGCAAAUGUUUGAAUCAA